CACAGCCACCACAAACCUUUCGCAUCAACCACCUCUUCACAAGAAUUCCUCCCCAAGCAUGCGCGUCUAUUUGCUGUCCGAAAGGCACUGGCACUUCGGAUAUGGUGAUUAAGACUCCCCGUGCAUCGGUCAUGUCCGUCAUGUCCUUGCGCCAUCGUUGUCUUAGGGCGCAGCGGCGCAACCUGUCCCCCUCCGUCGUCUUCGCGCAUGGAUAUUCAUCUUCGAGCCAAGUCCAAGACCCAGAACCAGAUCGCAACCCACCAGUCUCUCCAGCCGCCAGGAAUGACGAGGCUUCAGAACCAGAAAAGGGCGCCAUGACUCGCCGUCUCGAAGAAGCGACCGAAGAGGCCCUCUUGACAGGAGGCAAGGCCGGCCGCCGCGCCAUCGAGGCCGCCGGCUUUUCCGAAGAACUAAAGGAGAAGCUCCUGGGCAAGGUCCAGUCCGCCCAGUUCCGCGCCAAAUUCUCGAAUGCCUUUGCCCAAGCCGGUCUAUCUUCCGCGUCUUCGCCGUCCUCGUCCUCGUCCUCGUCCUCGUCAACAGGACCGUUUGGCGCCGCAUCGGAACCCUGGACCGGUACUGAAUCACCACCCGACGCUGUCCUCCGCAUGCUCGACGACGCGAGAAAACCUCUGAAACCCGAACUUCGUGGCAAAUACCGUGUUCCGGAGCCGGUAGACCUCCGCCCUCGGCGGGAACCGAGAAUCCACCCCGGCCGCCGUGUCGUCGAUGCUCGCGACAAGGCCGGCAUAUACGCCGACAUAGCGACGAGGGAGAAGGAAAAGAAGAACAGGAGCGGCGGCAAGGGCUUAACGGAAGAGGAACGCGAGGCGAUGCGGAGGGAAUUUCGCGAGCGGUUCACGCCCGUGGCCCGCGCCGUCCCGGCUACCGUGUCGGGACUCGCGGCACUGGCCAACGAGCGCAUCGAAGACGCCAUCGCGAGGGGAAAAUUCCGGAACAUCCCCCGCGGGAAGGACGCCGCCGAGCGGGAUGCGCGGGCGGACAACCCCUUCAUCGACACGACGGAAUACCUCAUGAACUCGAUGCUCAAGAGGCAGGACAUCACCCCGCCGUGGAUCGAGAAGCAGCAAGAGCUGGCCAAGUCAGUGUCUGUUUUCCGGUCGCGGCUGCGGAACGACUGGAAGCGGCAUGCGGCCCGCAUGAUUGCCGCGGCCGGUGGCGGGUUGGAGGAGCAGAUUCGGCGAGCUGAAGGGUACGCCAGGGCGGAGGAGAGGGUGAACCCCCGGGGAAAGAGCACCGGCAGGACAACAACGAGAACAACAACAACAACAACAACAACAACAACAACAACAACAACAACAACAACAACAACAACAACAGCAGCAGCAGCAGCAGCAGUAGCCUCUGAGACGGAGAGCAAUGGCGUCGCGACGGAAAAGGACAGGCGAGGCGGCGCCAUAGACUCGUAUGCGGCCGUUCCCUUCCGAGACCCCGACUGGGAGGCCGCCGAGAAGGCCUACAUGACGCUGUCCGUGGAGAACCUCAACUCGCUCACGCGAUCGUACAACUUGAUGGCCCCCGAGCUGGCCAAGAAGCCGUACUUCUCUCUUGAGCGGGAGCUCAACGCCUGCUAUGCCGACGUGGCCCCGCUGGUGGCCGAGACCAUCCGACAACGAGCCACGCGACCGGCCAGGUCGCUUACUGAAGGGGAUGGGGGCGGGCGAAAUAAGAGCACCAUUUUUGACAGCAUUGGUGGCGGCGGCAAGGAGAGUGCGAGGAUAUACGAAAGAAAAGAGCCGCAUUAUGGGUUCAAAGAGAUGUGGAGGGAUAUUUGGGGCGGAUAGGGCAGCAGCGGUAGAGCCGAACAGCGCUGAUAUGACCUUUGCAUAGAGACGCACGCCUGCAUGCUGUAUGGGCCGCGACACACCCAGCCAGCCACUGUCCAGCCUUUUCGUCUUGUGCCUGUUCUCUGACGUAUAUGUUCAUCCUGGACCCCAUUAUACGGAUGUGCUCCCCAAGGUCAUGUCGUACUAGACCAUAACGCCGUUGUUCGGCCAGAUGCGUUCGACUCGGCCUACCCCCAUGGCUGUGAAUAGUCACGCAUCCUAGCGCAAGACUUUCUUUUUUUGCGGCAGGCUAGACGUCGGCUCUCGAGCAUCGGUUCGG